AUGAGUGUUCCGCUACCCUUGCGGUCGGCUCUGGCGCCGUGUCUUGCGGCGCCCAGUGUUCGCGCGGGGAAACCGUUCCUGAUGACGCACUCCGUUUCACACGUUCGUCGACUAGCAUUUAUCACUCCUUCUCAGCGAAAACUGCCUCUCGCUCGCCCACAAUGGCCUCUCGUCUGCAAGCGAAGUGCGACAACCUCCCCAGCUCCGGCUUCGGAGCCCGUCCCGGUAACACCCUACUCGGCAUUGACAGUGGGUGUGCCUCGCGAAACACACCCCAGUGAGCGCCGGGUCGCAAUCACGCCGCAAAAUGUGACCAUGCUCUUGAAGAAGGGCUUUUCGCAGGUCCUGGUCGAACGCGGCGCCGGAGAAGGCGCCCAACUGCUCGACCAUGUCUACGAAAAGGCCGGGGCCAAGAUAGUCGACCGGGACGCGGUCUAUUCCGAGAGCGAUAUCGUCCUCAAAGUCCGUGGUCCUCAGAUCGACGGGCCCUUCAAUGAGGUCCAGGCGCUCCGCAAAGGCUCCACUGUAAUUUCGUUUUUGUAUCCGGCUCAGAACAAGCAGAUUGUAGAUGCCCUUGCAGCGCGCGGUGUGACCUCGUUCGCGAUGGAUCGCAUUCCACGGAUUUCUCGGGCCCAGGUGUUUGACGCUCUGAGCUCCAUGGCCAACAUUGCUGGUUAUAAAGCGGUUCUAGAAGCAUCGAACCAUUUCGGUCGCUUCUUAACCGGUCAGGUUACUGCUGCAGGAAAGAUUCCCCCAAGUAAGGUGCUCGUGAUCGGAGCCGGUGUAGCUGGUUUGAGUGCAAUCGCCUCGGCCCGGCGUAUGGGCGCGAUCGUCCGUGGCUUCGACACUCGUCCGGCUGUCCGCGAACAGGUUCAAUCGUUAGGUGCAGAAUUCAUUGAGGUCGACUUCCAGGAAGAUGGCGCUGGCCAGGGCGGAUACGCCAAGGAAAUGUCCAAGGAAUUCAUCGAGGCUGAGAUGAAACUGUUUAUGGAGCAAGCUCGCGAGGUCGACAUCAUCAUCACGACAGCAUUGAUUCCCGGACGACCUGCGCCAAAAUUGAUCACAAAGGAGAUGGUGGCUGCAAUGAAACCAGGCUCCGUCAUUGUAGAUCUUGCCGCAGAAGCUGGUGGUAAUUGCGAAGCAACUGUUCCUGGGGAGCUUGCCAGCUACAAGGACGUUACGAUCAUCGGUUACACGGACCUGCCUUCUCGUCUGCCUACUCAAUCCUCGACUUUAUACUCCAACAAUAUCAUCAAGCUGCUAUUGUCCAUGACUCCCCAAGAAAAGUCCUUCGGCAUUGAUUUCAAUGAUGAGGUUGUGCGUGGUUCUAUUGUUACUCAGGAUGGCGAAGUUAUUCCACCUGCUGCUCCUCCCGCUCCUCCGCCCACUCCCAAGCCUGAAGCCCAGACAGCGGCAGCAAAGGAAGAGGUUGUUGCACUCACACCCUGGCAAAAGGCAACUCGGGAUGUUGCUACAGUCACUGGAGCCAUGGGCACCACACUCGCUCUUGGCAAGUUAACUGGCCCUAUCUUCAUGAGUAACAUGAUGACCUUCGGUCUUGCUGGCUUGGUUGGUUAUCGCGCUGUGUGGGGUGUAGCCCCCGCUCUGCACUCGCCUUUGAUGAGUGUUACCAACGCUAUCUCUGGCAUGGUUGGUAUCGGUGGUAUGUUCGUCAUGGGCGGUGGCUAUACACCAACCACUUUGCCCGAAUACCUCGGCGCAGCCUCGGUCCUGCUGGCCUUCGUCAAUGUUUCCGGAGGAUUCGUGGUGACGAAGCGUAUGCUCGAUAUGUUCAAGCGGCCCACCGAUCCUCCGGAGUAUCCGUGGCUGUACGCCAUUCCCGGUGCUGUGUUCGGCGGCGGUUUCCUUUGGGCUGCAACUUCCGGAAUGGCUGGUCUAGUUCAGGCCGGUUACCUCGUCAGCACCAUCCUGUGUAUGAGCUCAAUCUCCGCACUCGCUUCACAACAGACCGCUCGUCGUGGAAAUAUCUUCGGUAUUCUAGGUGUGGUAUCUGGUAUUCUCGCCUCGCUGGCAGCAGUUGGCUUCGACCCUGAAACACUCACUCAAUUUGCUGCUGUUGCUGGUACUGGUGCUCUUGUUGGAGGCUUGAUCGGUCGUCGCAUCACCCCCACCGGCCUUCCCCAGACCGUCGCUGCUUUGCACUCAGUUGUUGGUCUCGCGGCUGUCUUGACCAGUAUCGGCAGCGUGAUGGUUGACGUGGCUGACAUUUCAACUCUGCACUUGGUGACCGCGUACAUGGGCGUUCUUAUUGGCGGUGUUACUUUCACUGGCUCAAUUGUGGCAUUCCUCAAGCUCGCCGGUCGUAUGUCUUCCAGACCAACAAUUCUUCCUGGUCGUCACGUUAUCAACUCAACGCUGCUGGGUAGCAACAUAGCGACUAUGGGCGCAUUUGUGACCAUGGCCCCCGCGAACCCAGGUAUUGCAGCGGCCUGUUUAGGUGCAAAUACGCUUCUGAGCUUCUUGAAGGGCUAUACCACGACUGCGGCCAUCGGUGGAGCUGACAUGCCCGUUGUCAUUACCGUGCUGAACGCGUACUCAGGUUUCGCUCUCGUGGCUGAAGGCCUGAUGCUCAAUAACCCUCUCCUCACCAGCGUUGGCUCCCUUAUCGGUGUCAGCGGUUCCAUUCUGUCGUACAUCAUGUGUGUUGCCAUGAACCGAUCUCUUACCAAUGUCCUUUUCGGUGGCAUCUCCGCGCCCGCACAGAGCCAGAAGAAGAUAGAGGGUGAAGUCACACAGACAAGCAUCGACGAUACAGUGGAGGCGCUGUCUGGUGCUGAGAAUGUCAUCAUCAUCGUAGGCUACGGCAUGGCUGUUGCCAAGGCGCAGUACGCACUCGCCGAGAUUGUUUCCAUGCUCCGCGCUCGCGGUGUAAAUGUCCGCUUUGCCAUCCACCCUGUUGCUGGCCGUAUGCCAGGACAAUGCAAUGUGCUCUUGGCUGAAGCGUCUGUGCCGUAUGACAUCGUCCUGGAAAUGGACGAGAUCAACGACGACUUCAACGACACGGACGUCACCCUUGUCAUUGGCGCCAACGAUACCGUCAACCCCAUCGCUCUAGAACCUGAUUCCCCCAUCUCCGGCAUGCCCGUCCUGCACGCGUGGAAGAGUAAGGAAGUGAUUGUCAUGAAGCGGGGCAUGGCAAGUGGAUAUGCGGAUGUUCCCAACCCCAUGUUUUUCAUGCCCGGCACUAGAAUGCUUUUCGGGGAUGCAAAGACUUCUUGCGAUGCCAUCAAAGCCGCCCUGGAGGCACGGAAAUAG